AUGCCUAGAUUCUCGGUUGCCUUUGCCAGGCGGAAAAGCACCGCAGACGAUAUCGAAAAUGCUGAGGUGACCCCCCCAGGACAAGGUACAUUCAGGGUCUUGGAACGACACGACUACUCUGGCGUCAAGUCGUUUGACGGAGGCGUAAAGAUGGCAAAAGCAAAUGGAGCCAUGCUUUCAAAGCCUGAUUUUCAGGCAGACGACAACAUGUUUUCUGAUAUGAAGGCCAACCGUGGAAGCGGCUUGUCCAAUACCACGCACACCACGUCCACUGAUACGUCUUCGCGCCACAGUAAUGCCUCGACAGCACCCUCCUCGGCGGACUUUAGCGGAGGCAACUUGUUCCACGACGACAAUCGAAAUGGCCCACCCAAGAGUUCAUCAUCCGAUAUACACGGUCGCGGAAUAUCGAACAAAUCCAUCGGAUCCAAAUUCUUAGACCGAGCUGGCCGGACCUUUUCGUUCGGUGGACAGAAGAAGUACAGCAUUCCCCCGCCGCUGGAGGACCCCCCCAUGCCGGAUUUGCCGCCGCCCAUGCCCAUCAUGGCUGAACCAGGACGCACUGGAUCUAGAGGUACGACUACAUACACGCAGGCCCCAACCAUUUCCCGCAAGCCAGCUCCCCGCGAUAUCAGUGUUAUGGACAUGGGUGGUGACUUUGGAUCAAUGUUUUCAGGAUCAGGUUUCGAUAAGAGGGCCAGCAUGGCCACCCUAAAGAACGACGACUUGGCUUCUCCCCGGUUUCUCACUGGCAACCCGCAAAUGCACCACCAGAUGCCACAUAGCCCGGACACCGCAACGCCGGCUCAACCGCUGCUCGGCGCAUGGAACACACCCAAAAACGAUGACAUCGGCGAUGACUAUCCAUCGGAUGAUGAAGGCCCCCCACCAGUUCCGAAUCAUUCAGCUCCCCGGUACCGCUCUCCAGCUCGACAAGCGCCAGUCAGGAAAGUAUCACCAGCUGAGCAACCCCCAGCUCCAGCUCGCCAGACGCCAAUGCACCACCCUCCGGCACCACCGCAGAGGCAGUCACCUAUUCAAGAGCCUGUGCAGCCCGAGGAAGCACAAGAUGACGAGGAUGCAAAGCUCCUACAGGAAACUUACACUGCCAUUCAGCUUCUUUCGGCUGAAGAUGACGAAUUUGACGAAAACCCACAACCCGGGCGAUACCGGCGAGAGGAGGAUAGCUUUACGGUAGUUCCACGAGCCAAGACUGCGUCCAACUCCAACAACGGAGGAGACGGAGAUGAACUGUUUGAUGGCAAUAGAGCCCGGCCCUCUAAGCCUAACAAUCGGUACAUCCCUCCACCGGAUGGUGCGCCUCGGAACAAAGUCAUGACCCCUGCGGAAUUCGAAAAGUAUCGAGAAGAUAAGAUUCGUCAUGAUAGGACAAAUAGCAAUUCAAAGGAUGAUGAUGAAGACGACAUCAACUAUGACGACGACGAAGACGAGGCUGAAAAGUCUAAGCAACAGGCGAAGCAGAGAAGGAAGCAGGAAGCUCACAUGGCUGUUUAUCGCCAGCAGAUGAUGAAGGUGACGGGUGAAGCGAAUCCGACAAACGGACUUGGUAUUCCAGCUUCAAUGAGCGCACCACAACUCAGCCAUAUGAAGCAUCCUUCCCUUGACCCGGCGGCAGCAUCUGCCAUGACCGGUGUGUCCGGAGCGUCUGAUGAGGCCGACGAUGAUGAGGAGAUUCCUCUUGCCAUCUUGCAGGCACAUGGAUUCCCCAACAAGAAUCGACCUCCAACUAGGCUCAGCACCGUGGGAUCAACCCCCAACAUUCGAGCCUCAGCUUUGCUCAUGCCAGGACGUCCAUCCUCGUCAAUGGGAGAAUCUGCUGCUGCCCGACGCCACUCUACCCUUCCAGCAUUUGCACGCAAUUUGCCUCAAGAUCCCUUUGUCGGAGCUAGCAUUGCCCAGCCUGCUCUCAGGGAAUCUCUGUCGUUCAAUGAGAUGGGUAUGGGCCCCAAGCCCCCGUCGCCACUUCCUCCUGGAGGCCUUGUUGGUGUCAUUGCUAGUGAGGAACGCCAGAGAGCGAUGCGGCGCGGAAGCCCAAGCGUCGACCCCUCAAGGCUGAUGGGCAGUGGCUACAAUACACCUGGAGGCACUGCAAUUGACCCUAUUGCUGGGAUCCCUGCGCAUAUGAUGUAUCCCCAGCAACAAAUGGGAGGUGGAAUGCCUGGCAUGAUGCCUCAUAUGAUGACGCCGCCACCGAUGCUUACUGUUGGCGACCAGGCUCAGCUUCAGAUGACGCAGCAAAUGUCGCAGUUUAUGCAGAUGCAGAUGCAGUUCAUGCAAAUGAUGGCCUCAAACCAAAACGGCGGCGGACCGCAGCAGCAGCCACAACAGAUGCAGUCCCCAUAUCAACAGCCCUACGGUGGCCUAAUGGGCAAUCAUUCCAUGGUGGACAUUUCCUCUCGUAACUCCAUGAUUGGCGAGCAGACCCUUGAGCCUCGUCGUGGUGAUUACGGUAGCAUGCGAACUAUGAGCAUGGUGCAGCCUAACUCGGCACCUAUGGCUACACCUAUGCCUCACCCCGGAUAUGCCGGGUCUAUCCGGUCGUCUGUCCAUGGGUAUACUCCUUCGAUAGCGCCGUCAGAGCGAAGCAACAUUGGCCUUCCCAAUCGUUAUAGACCUGUCUCCCAGGCUGUGAACCCGGCUGGACUUGGCCAUAUGCAGUCUCAAUCGUUUUCAGGGGCUCUGUCCGCUUUUGAUAACAAGAACAAGACCUCGAUGAGGAUUGUGAACAAGUCAGCCUCCGAUGACGAUGACGAUGAAGAGGGCUGGGAGGCGAUGAAGAAUAAGAGAGAUAAGAAGAGGUCUCUGUGGAGAAGCAAGAAGAAUUUGAGCUCAGUCAUCUGA